AGUUCGCUUGUGUCUGGUGGGAGGUCAUGAAGCUUACUAGCUAGCUAACGUUAGACGUUUUAGUUGUGAUAUAACCAGACGUACCUAUUAAACCACAAAAUGUGAAUACGCAAUAGUGAAUAAGUGUACCUUCAUAUAUAUAAUAUAUAUAUAUAUAGCUAGUAUGGCAAUCUAGCCAGCAUUUCAACGUUCACUUCCCCCUUUGAAGAGUUGUUACUGCUAACGUAAGCUUGCGAGCUAGCUAACGUUAGCGCGCUAGCUUUCGUUACAUUUUUCGAAAUGGGACGAGGUGGUGGUCGGAAGCGUGGAAAAGGCAAUGGACCUCCUCCAUUUGACAUGGGUCCAGGUUGGUGUGGGCCGCCUGGACCUUUUGGUCCUUUUCACGGUGGCCCAGGUCCACAUCCUAACUUUAUGGGAGAUCCAAUGAUGCACGGCCCCAUGCCACCUGAUUAUCACGGAUAUGAGCCAGGCUACGGGGCAAUUGGUCCAGGUGACCCCAUGGAUGGAUAUGCACCAAUGGGUCCAGGUGGCCCCAUUGAUGGAUAUGGGCCAAUGGGCCCAGGUUGCCCCAUGGAUGGAUGUUUCAAUGGGCCACCGAUGGAUGGACCAGGAUUCGGGUAUGGUCCAGGUAUGCCCGGACCAUAUGAUCCGAUGAUGGGCAAUGGACCCGGACCAAUGCUCCCAGGUAUUCUGCCCCCAGGUAUUCCGCCCCCUGGUAUUCCGCCCCCAGGUAUGCCGCCCAUGGUGCCGCCUCCGGUGGACAACCCUGUCUUUCCUCCACCCUGGCAAAGCGAGGCCAAUCCUUAUGCUGUUCCUCCGCCAUCGUGGCCCGUCCCGACAACAGCCCCCCCUCAUACUGAGACGACUGUAGUGCCUGAUGUGUGGGGACUCUGCCGGGGCUCCGAGGUCCCUCAGCCUGAUCCACCCCAGACUGAUGAACUGAAGACCAAAGACUCAAAGAAGGACAAAAAAGCAGCAGGGAAAAAGAGCUACAAUGACAAGCCUCCUCCACCUGGAAGAUCUAAGGGGGUCAUCUCAUUCAUUGGGCCAACUUAUGGCUACAUCGAAAGAGACGACCUCAAGAAAUAUUCCUUCACUUUUGAUGCUUUUCUGGGAGUCCCCAAGAACAUGAUACCUGGGGUCAGGGUGCAUUUUACAGCCUACAAGGAGAAGGCUGGGGAGUGUGCCACUGAUGUGUCUGUACCUCCAGGGGGGACUGAGGAGAUUGACUCCACCAUUAUUGAAGGUCUUGUCUGCAAUGUUAUCCUGGAGCAGCAGCCUGGUGCAAAGCCGAAACCUGGCCAAAUUGAGGCCAACAUCAACGGCAAGUCAAGAGCGCUGCUUUACUCUGAGAUGGACUGCACCAUCACUCUGUUGCAAGGGGACCAUGUGACGUUGAACUUGUUAACCGACAUAGUUACCCAAAAAAUUAGAGCCACUAAUAUUCGGCCACGGACACCACAGACUUUUAAGAUCACUGGCGAGAAGAGGGAGGUGGGUGUUAUAAAGAGCUUAAAGGGUGGUUCUGGUACCAUCAUGGCAGCGAACCAGAACAACCUGCCCUUUGAAACCACAGAGAACAUGAGUCUAACUGAGUUCACCAUUAUGGAUGAGGUGGACUUUACAGUUGUCACAAUCAAAGAUAAGGAGAAGGCCAUCAGAGUAAGGAAGCUGAAAGAGUGCUCGGUGACACUGGAAGAAACCAAGGAGAAGAUAGUUGAAGACCCUGCAGGAAAAGACAAGUGGAAGCCAGUGGCCCCAGUGGAGGAGGUGCUGCUCCAGAGGACUGUGGUGUUUGAGGACAUUAGCACUGCGCAGCAUGCAGGAACGGUCAUUAAGGCUGUCCUCAAAGUCUCUGAAAAGAAGCAGGAGCAGGGUCUUUUGGAGGCGUUCGUGGGUGGCACACAGAAGCAGCUAUCGUUUGGAGCAGCUGACAUUCUGACUGAAGCCACCAUGUUUAACGGAGACAAGGUUCAAUUUAACAUCUCCACCAACCGUGUGACCAAGGAGGAGCGUGCCAUCAACGUGGAGAUUCUCUCCGAGACGUUUGAGGAGUCAACAGAGCAACGCAGAACCGGUGUGGUGGUGCAAGCUGAGGAGCUGUCUGGGACCAUUAAGUGCCAUCAGAGCCCCCAGCUGCUGUUCUUCCAUCUGACUGAGGUCAUGGAGGAGAAGAAACUGGACAUCUCAGAGAAGGUGGAGUUCAGUGAAAUUCCGCUUGAAACCGCUGAAGGAGGAAACCAAGCGAUUAGGAUCAAACGCCUUAUCGACAGUGUCUUCACCCCUGUGCCCAAGCUAGGGGGCAUGGCGGCAAAAGAAAAGAAGAAGAUGACCAUCAAACUGAUGAGAGACCCAAAAUACCUCAUCAAGGGCACAGGUGUCAAAGGAGAGAACAAAGAUGAUGAUCACACCAACGACAAACCUGCCUCGGGGGAGUCAGAUAAGAUGAAAGCGGUGGUAAAAACUCUGCGGUCAAAAACUGCUGGCUCUGGAUCUGGUGCCAAGGACUCCAACAGCAGAUACGGGCGCAAUGGCAGGAGCCGAAGCAGGAGCCCCAGCCUAGACCAGUUUGGCCGGGUGAAGAAAAGGUGGAGCACGAGCAGGGAGCGCAGAGAGCGGGGUGGUAGCAGCAGGUACAGGAGCAGUCGCAGCAGGAGCCGGAGCAGGGAGAGGAGCAGCCGUGGGAGCAGGAGACGAAGCCACAGUCUGGAGAGAAAAGAUUCCAAACACAGGAGCAGCAGCAAAGAGAGGACUUCCUCCAAAAGGAGCCGCAGCAAGGAGCGAGAUGGAAGCAGUCAGAGGAGCUCCAAGAACGGUUCAAGCUCAGAAAGUAAACCUCCAGAUAGAAUAAACGAUGAGCUGGAAAAAAAGAAGAGAGAACUAGAGGAGCUCAAUGAGUUGAUAUACCGCAAGAGAGCCAUGGUUGCCUUGGAGCAACAUGGUGGAGUUCCCCAUUUCUUUCCAAAAGUGAAGCCUAUGGAGAAGACCUGCUUUGACUACAAUCAUGGAAUGACAGAGCUUCCUACACAACCUAAACCACCCACUGACAUCAAACCCAAGUCCAUUCUGAAGAAGCGCUCAGACCAUGUCACAGGGCCACUUUUCCCAAUUCAGACUGAACCCCCUAAAGCUCAACCUCUUGAUCAAAGGCUUGUGGAACAAUACGGUUAUGACGUUGAGACGCCCUAUAAACCACACUCUGCCCAACCACCCUACACCCAAACAUCCAGUCAGGAGUCCUGUUAUGAACGUUCACUUGCUGGGCAUCCUGUUCCCAACUUAUCUGCCAAGUAUGAUUCGUAUCAGCAGACUUCUAGACAGCACCCAUCGCAACCUUCUCCAGUUUGCCAAACACCUCUUGACCCUCAUUCUUCAAAUCGACCUCCCAUUCGAGAGUCUCAGGAAAAUAACCCGAACCUGAACACCCAGCUCGCCCGUUUCCUCAACACUCUCAACAAAGGUGUGGAUGCCGGUCUGCUGUCCACUGUGGUCAAGGAGUCUCGAGAGGAGAUUGCUGGUAUUCAGGAAUAUAGUUCAAUACCUCAAAAGCGUUAUUGCGAGUCGCAUGACCGUGGGGAUGGAGAUCUGUACAGGGAUGAGCCCUGUACAGAGGAGGAGCCAGAGUGCCCACGCAGGGGCUUUGUCAGGGAGCAAGUGAAGACCUCAGACGACUAUAACGACCCCAGAAACGAAGACUGGCUGCUGCCUCACGAGAGAGCAAUCCAGGAUGUUGGUGGCUUUCUCGGAAUUAUGUCCCACAGCCAGCUAUUGAGAGAACCUGAACGUGUGGAAGAAGAGGAGGACUUCCUCUAUGGGGAUAAAGCCUCUGCAGCGGCUGAGAAGGAGCGCUAUGAGAAACCUGGGCGGUCAGACAGGUACAGGGAUAACAGGAGGUCCAGCUCAGCCAGAGCACCGGUGGAGGAGACCAGGGAGCAGGAGAGUCAGGACAAGACGCAGCACUUCGACAAGAUCAAGAGCCUGCUCCAGGCCAUCGGCCUGAACCUGGACACCUCGGAGGUCACCAAGCUGGCAGACAGGACCCAGGAGCGCCUCUACGGGACAAAGUCAUCCAAACACUCAUCCGAUUCCUCAGAGAGAGAGACGAAGCACUCAUCUAGGCGGGGAGAUCGGCAUCGGAGCCGCACCACCGACUCCUCUGAUUCCAAACGCCUCCUGUCAGCCUCGCUGUCCAGGUCUUCCCAGCAGGAGGUGUACCUCAGCCCCCAAUACACCUCGGAAUAUGGAGGGUUCCUUGACCCGGAAGAGGAGGCGGCCUUAGAGAAGGCCAGGCAGAUGCAGAGCCUCACCAGGACAGUGAGCGUCUCGCCCCCCACCCCCUCCUCACAGCCUGGCACCUCCUAUUCCACCACACAGUGGAACUGCCCUGAGAAGACACAACCCAUCGCGCCUAAGAGUUGGCCUAGCAAGGGUUGUAGUACCAACUAUCUCUCAUCACUGCCGCCUGGUUCCUCAGGUCCCCCCCAACAGAUUUCCCCGGUCCCGUCCAUGACAAACAUACCUGAUGUUCCAGCUGGUCAACAAGAAGCUGGGGUGUAUACUUUUACAUCACCUGUGGCACAAUCCCCUGACCUACUCACCGCCUUGCCCUCCACUUAUUAUGGGCAGCCUAGUGCCCCCAUGAUACUGUUUGCAAAGACUCAGUUCACACAACAAGUGGAUAUAUUGAAUCAAGUGACUAUAUCGAAUCCUACAAGGGAUGCCUUUAGUCAAAUCCUCCAAGUCACCAACCGGUCUAGAUGCCUCAAGGUAAUUGAAACAGUCAAAAGUGGGUCUGGUGCACAGCAGGAUUCGCCAAGACAAAAUAUCACCAUACCUCUCCAGAUCAAAACACAAAGUCCCGAUUCUGCAUCUGGACAGCUCUCUCCUCCCCCUCAAACACCAGAGACUCAGAGUCCACCAGUGACGGAAGACGAUAUCAAGGCCAAACAGAAGAAAAGGCUGGAGCAGUUUAACAUGCGGAUGAGACUGAAGAAUCAGGAGAGGAAGAACGAUACUCGUGACACUAGGAAGAACACAGCAGGAAAAGUUCCCAAAGUUACCUUUGCCAAAACUGAGCCUAGGAACGUGUGGAUCUGUGGCCACUCGCUUAUAUAUUGGGCAGAGAUGAGGGCCAAGUCGCCUGAGAUUGGCAUGCAGUUGGGCAUGGACCCCAGCAGUGUGCGGUUGUGGUGGAAGGGCACACAGGGCAUGACGUGGGCCCAGCUGCUGCCCCAUUUAGACCAGCUGAAGAUCAAGUGGCCCAAACCGGACGUGGUCAUCCUGCACCUGGGUGGGAACGAUCUGGGAACCCACAGCCCUGAGGCCCUUAUGUUGUCUGUGAAGAAAGACCUGACCUCCAUGAGGAGCAUUUUCCCACAAUGCCUGUUAGUCUGGUCUGACAUCUUGCCCCGGAUGUCCUGGAGGCAAACGGAGGACAGCGAAGCAGUGGACAAUGUUAGGGCCGCCAUCAACAGAAGAGUUCACACCAUCAUCGCUGAGCUAGGUGGCACCGCCCUGACCCAUGAAAACAUCACGUGUGGCUCAGAUGCAGGCCUGUACAGGCCAGACGGGGUUCAUCUGUCUGGUAAAGGUAUUGAUACUUUCAACUUGAACCUGCAGGACUUUUUGGAGAAGUGGGAGACCGAGGCAAGCGAUGUUCCUGAGAUGACUUAAGAAAUGCCCAAUGAAUGUGUGUUAUG